AUGCACCUGGAAUGUACGAACAUUGUACAGACUGACUUUAAUGCCAAGAUUGGGCGAGAAAGUGUCUUUGGAGCAACUGUCGGGCAAUUUAGCCUGCAUGAGACUACCUCGAGCAAUGGACUCAGACUAAUUGGCUUUGCCGCAUCGCACAAUAUGGUGGUACGUAGCACUGGUUUUCGUCAUCUAGACAUUCAUAAAGCAUCCUGGAUUGCGCCCGAUCGACUGACUCGUAAUCAGAUCGAUCAUGUUGUGAUUGAUGCACGGCAUGCAUCUAGCAUACUUGACGUACGGUCUUUUCGGGGUCCCAAUAUAGACUCUGACCACUGGCUCGUUGCAGCCAAGGUUCGCACACGGCUAUGUGUGUCGAAGAUUGUACGCCGAGGUUUGUCAAGAAAGCCGGACUUCGAAAAACUGCACUCACAACAGACGAAGGAUGCGUUCUCCACUCGACUCGCUGGCUUACUGAGCCAGCCCUCUCCAAUACCUGAAAGUAUUAGUGAUAUGUGGGCGCACAUAUCUCACUCCCUGCAAGCCUCCGCGGAUGAAGUGCUUGGUUUCCAGGGCCCUCCCGUAGGGAACCCAUGGUACGACCAGGAAUGCCGUGAAGCUACAGCUGCAAAAGACGCUGCAUACCAAAGAACGCUGCAAGCUGGAGCCACCCGUGCCCUGGUGGAUGCCUACAGGAUAAGGAGAAGAGAAGAAAAACGCCUUUUCAGACGCAAGAAACGGGAACUCGAAAGGCGUGAAUGUGAGAGUAUAGAGUGUAGUAGAGACAGGAAUGAUGCGCGCAAUUUUUACCAGAGGGUCAAGCUUCUGACCCAAGGUUUUAAGACCGGUGGGUUUGCGUGUAGAGAUGAUGACGGAAACCUGGUCGCUGACAAGGACAUUGUACUGAAGUUAUGGAGGGAUCACUUCUCCACACUAUUGGCUGGCGAUGCUCCAAGCCUCGGAGACAGUGAUUCACUAACCCCGAUCGAUGAUGACACCGAUAUACCGGCCCCGAGUCAUAUUGAAGUCGCAGCCGCCAUACAGCGGUUAAAGAACAAUAAAGCUCCUGGCGCUGAUGGCCUAUCAGCUGAAUUGUUCAAGGCAGGUGGCGAUGUGUUGGUAGGGUGCAUGCACCAACUCAUUUGCAGGAUAUGGCUCAUGGAAAAUAUGCCCAAUGAUUGGAACCUCAGUCUGAUCUGUCCCAUCCUGAAGAAGGGUGAUGCCACACAGCGCACCAAUUACCGUGGCAUUAGCCUUCUACCCGUCGCAUACAGGGUCCUCACGAGCGUAUUGUGUGAAAAACUGAAACCACAUGCUGAGGCACUGAUUGGACCUUAUCAGUGCGGUUUCCGACCUGGUAAAUCCACCAUGGACCAGAUUUUUACACUGCGACAAAUCCUGGAGAAGUCGCACGAGAACCAAAUCGACACUUAUUAUCUUUUUGUCGACUACAAAGCCGCAUUCGAUAGCCCGCGACGCGAUCUCCUAUAUGCCGCCAUGUCUGAGCUUGGUAUUCCUGCAAAGUUGACGCGACUUUGCAGAAUGACAUUGAGCAACACCAACAGCUCUGUCAAGGUAGGACACGACCAGUCCGAAACCUUCAAUACUAAGCUAGGUCUCAGACAAGGGGAUUCGCUCUCAUUGCUUCUAUAUGGGGCAGAAGCCUGGACAGUAACACAACCAGAUGCAGCAGCUCUUGAAGUAUUCGAGCGAAAAAUUCUUCGAAAAAUCUUCGGUCCUGUUUGCGUUGGCGAUACCUAUCGUAUCAAAUGGAACCACGAGUUGUAUGAGCUGUACGAUGACAUUGAUGUAGUCAGCAGGAUGAACAUCCAGCGACUCCGUUGGCUAGGUCAUGUGGUACGCAUGGAAGAGGUAGCUCCAGCUCGGAAGGUGUUUGAAGCGGUGGUAAGCGGACAACGUAGGAGGGGAAGACCAAGGAUUCGAUGGCAGGACCAAGUGAUUCAACCCAUUGCAUCACUUGGUAUUGCCAACUGGCGUAGACGCGCCCAGGACAGGGACGCGUGGAGGGAACUAAUGCAUCAGGCUGUGACCCGUUAG